GUCUACGUGGGUUAGUCGCCAUGGUUAUGAGGUUUUUUCCUUCAUUGCCAAAGAUUUUUGCUUUAAUUUAUAUGGAAAGAAAGAAAGAAAAAAUAUUAAGCAAGUGUGGAUGAACCUGUCGUGGGUUCACACUUAAAAAUCAGGAAGAAUCAUCAUCAUCAUCAUCUGCUUUCAGAUACUUUCCCAUAUAUAAAAAGAUCCCUUCUUCUCGCCUUCUCUCUAUAGAAUCUUUCCCCUUCCCUCCACUAAUCAUCUUCUGCCAUCGAAAUUACCCCACUCCCAUAAAAACCCAGAGUUUUUUUCAUCUUGGUUUGUUCAAUGUUUAUAUAGAAGCAAACCCUUUUCUUUAACCAAGCGUUUUUCUUUUGAUUUUCCAUGGUCAUGGAGCCUCACCCACCACCCAAAAACUUCCUAACUCGGCUCAACUCAGCCGUGGCCAAUAGCCGGGUCGGGAAACGCUUCAAGCUAUCCGAACGGAACUCGACUUUCACGACCGAGUUGCGGGCUGGCACCGCCACGUUCCUGACCAUGGCCUACAUCUUAGCCGUCAACGCUUCCAUCCUCGCCGACUCCGGAGGUCCCUGCAGCGUCUCGGAUUGCGUCCCUCUGUGUUCUGACCCUUCCGUUCCGUUAUCCAACUGCACAGGGUCAACUCAACGAGUGGUCCAGCCCGACGUGUCGUGUAAAUUCGACCCGGUCAACCCGGGUUACGCUUCGUGUUUGGAGAAAGUACGUAAAGAUCUCAUAGUGGCGACCGUCGCUUCUUCUCUUAUUGGCUGCGUAAUUAUGGGUGCUUUCGCGAAUUUACCCCUGGCUUUGGCACCGGGUAUGGGGACAAAUGCGUAUUUUGCCUAUACCGUGGUCGGGUAUCAUGGGUCGGGUAAUGUCCCUUAUAAGAGUGCUUUAGCAGCAGUUUUUAUAGAAGGGUUAAUUUUUCUGUUCAUCUCAGCUGUCGGGUUCCGGGCCAAGUUAGCUAAGUUGGUUCCUAAACCGGUUCGGAUCAGUUCCUCCGCGGGUAUCGGGCUUUUCCUCGCUUUUAUCGGGUUGCAAAAUAACCAAGGGAUCGGGUUAGUUGGGUAUAACCCGUCGACCCUUGUGACUCUUGGAGGCUGCCCGAGUUGGUCUCGGACUUCGGUUGCCCCGGUUUUAACGACAGCUAACGGAACCGUUAGUUUAUUGCCUGGAGGUACUGUAUCAGGUGACAUUUUUUGUUUACGUGACAGAAUGGAGAGUCCCACAUUAUGGCUUGGAAUUGUAGGUUUUGUGAUUAUAGCUUAUUGCUUGGUGAAAAAUAUAAAAGGUGCUAUGAUUUAUGGUAUAGUAUUUGUAACCGCCGUCUCAUGGUUUCGUCACACCAAAGUUACGGCUUUUCCCGACACUGUUGCCGGUGAUGCAGCCCAUGAGUAUUUUAAAAAGGUUGUUGAUAUCCAUUUAAUUGAAAGUACAGCUGGGGCAUUGAGUUUUAAAACUAUAGGUAAAGGUUACUUUUGGGAGGCUUUGGUCACGUUCUUAUAUGUUGACAUAUUAGACACAACUGGUACGUUAUAUUCAAUGGCUAGAUUCGCCGGUUUUACGGACGAAAAUGGUGAUUUCGAGGGCCAAUACUUUGCUUUCAUGUCCGAUGCCAUGUCAAUCGUCGUCGGAUCAUUGCUCGGAACAUCUCCGGUGACGGCAUUCAUUGAAUCAUCGACGGGAAUACGAGAAGGCGGACGAACAGGGCUGACGGCGUUGACAGUGGCGGGAUACUUUUUCCUGGCGUUUUUCUUCACCCCACUUUUGGCGUCGAUACCGGCCUGGGCAGUGGGACCGCCGCUAAUCCUGGUGGGCGUGUUGAUGAUGAGAGCUGUGGUGGAAAUUGAGUGGGAUGACAUGAGGCAGGCAAUCCCUGCUUUUGUGACAUUGAUUUUGAUGCCUUUGACCUAUUCAAUAGCCUAUGGUUUAAUUGGUGGGAUUGGAACUUACAUUGUGUUAAACAUUUGGGAUUGGGCGACGGAUUUCUUGGCCAAGCAUGGUGCUAUAGAAAGGAGUGGUGUUGGAGUCAAUGGGGCACACGAGCAAGCAAGGGAAGAUGGAAGUGUAAAAGCAGUUGAACUUGAUCGUGUUUAGGCCGCCAUGGGAGACAACACUUUAAGAGGCUUCUCUUUUGUCUUUUUCAGACAAUUAUCUUGGAAGACCCGUAGACUCGUAGAAAAAAGAAAUAGGAUAAAGGAAAUGGAUUCACAUUUCACACAUAUUAGAGAUAAUUAGUAAAUAUUUUUGCGAAUUUGAUUAUUUAGUUUGAUAUCUCAUUUACGUAUUUGAUCGGGCAAGAGAUAAUGCAUUUGUAAUUGAGUCAAAUAUUCCGGUACACAUAUUUUCUUUUCUAGAAUGAAAGUUCUAUCAAUUUUUUUUUU